AUGUUCAGUGGAGGUCUCGCUCCCCACAUCCGGCUGAGGGAAUUGGCCCAGAGAUACGGGCCCGUCAUGAGCCUGCAGCUCGGGGAGGUGGCCAACGUCAUCAUCUCCUCCCCAGAAGCCGCGAAACUGGUGCUGAAAACCCACGACUUGGUCUUCGCUACCAGGCCCAGUCUCCUGGUGGGGAGCAUCAUCUUCUACGGCUGCAAGGACAUCGGCUUCGCGCCUUACGGGGACUACUGGCGCCAGAUGCGUAAGAUCUGCACCGUGGAGCUGCUCAGCGCCAGGCGUGUUUCUUCCUUCCGCUCCAUCAGGGAGCAGGAGGUGUCCACUCUCGUCUCCCGCAUUCGUGUCGCUGCAACUGCGUGUGGUGAGGAGGGCGUCGACCUCAGCGAUAUGCUCUUUUCGAUGACCAGCAACAUCACUUACAGCCAGGUACUUGGAUGCAUAGAAACAGAGGACAUUGUUGACAUUCUACUUAGUAUUCAACGGACCGAAGACCUCCCAUUUCCCUUAACAACUGACGGCAUCAAAGCCGUCAUUCUUGAUGUUUUCACUGGUGGUAUGGAUACAUCAGCGAGCACAACUGAGUGGACUAUGUCUCAGUUGGUUCAAAAUCCAAAUGUUUUACGACUAGCACAAGAAGAAGUGAGGCGAGUCUUUGGUGACAAGGGAAAUGUUAGUGAAGACCGACUCCAUGAGUUGACUUACUUAGAUGCAGUGAUCAAAGAGAGCCUACUCCCAAGAGAAACGAGAGAGACCGUUGAGAUAAAUGGUUUUGUGAUCCCUGCCAAAACUAGAGUUUUAGUUAAUGUAUGGGCAAUCGGAAGAGAUCCUAGUUAUUGGACUGAUCCCGAAAAGUUUUAUCCAGAGAGGUUCUUGAACUCAUCUAUUGACUAUAAAGGAGCACACUUCGAGUAUAUACCAUUUGGUGCGGGAAGAAGGAUUUGCCCUGGCAUGCUAUUCGGACUUGCUAAUGUUCAACUGGGCCUAGCCAAUCUGCUCUUCCACUUUGACUGGAAAAUUCCCAUUGGACUUCAACACCUAGAUUUGACGAAACAGUUUGGACUCUCCAUCUCAAGCAAACAACUAUUGCGCCUCAUACCUAUAGCAGCUAGCAAUUGA